UUGGUGGAGUAUUUUAAACUUGAGGCGCUGGCCGUGGACGCCGAGCGCAUCAGCACCCAGCGAAUCGUCGUCCAGCUGACCGAUCCGAAAGUCGAGCUGCACUUCCUGUUCCUCGCCUACGCGCUGGAGCCGCUCCGGGCGCUCCAGGAGCUGCAGCAGUACGGCUCCGCCAAUGUCGGCGUGGAGCUGCAGCUCACGCUCGUGCUGCUUCACUCGUACGCGGCGAGGGUCCUGCAGCCGGCCGCCCUCGACGACUUUCUCAGGAGGCGAGACGUGACGCUGCUCGGCAGCGAGGCGAAGCUGCUGCCCGCGGCCGAGGUGAAAGUGGGCGCUCGAGUCAGAAACUUCCUGCAGGCCACGCCGGCCGUGGAUCUGGACGACGAGGACAGGGCCGACUUCAUGAAGGACGCGCGGGUGUUUUACCAGGCGGCGCUGCGCAGCGUGGUCGAGAGCGUUCCCGAGCAGCUCGGAGACUCGGCGCUGAGGAACAUCACCCUCGUCCAGAAAGACCCUCACAGAGUCAGCGUAAGACGUCUUUGUUUGUGUGCUGCUGGAGGCGGAGCCGGUGACCUGAAGGUGUCGAACAUCCCCAAGACUUGUCCUGACAGCCGAGAAGCCUCCAAAGCUUUACCUGAGCCGGGGACGUGGGCGAGAAGACCCAACAACCGCAGGAGGAAGAUACCCGUCCGUCACCAGACAGCUUACGAUAACGAGAGGAAACAGGAAGCGGAUAAACUGAGCUCAUCGGAGGACAGCGACUGGUCCAAAUCCAGACCACCUGUGCGUUCCAGGGAAUACAGCAGCACGGAGGAGUCGGGCGACACAGAAAACUCCUCCGAUGUGGUGGAUGUUACAGAAGCUUCCAGAAUGUGUCGGGCCGACAGACCGAGGCAGCUGCUCAGUCACAGAAAUCGUCAGGCCAAGUCUGUUUUUGUCGUGAGCAGCGAUGACGAGGAUUCAGCGGCCACGCCGACCCGAGCAUCGGCGCGGGAACAGUCACCUGGGGAGCUGGUCUGGGGUUACGUCGGGAGCUUGGCGCUGUGGCCGGCCGUCGUCCUGCCGCGCAGAGGAGAAACUCCACCGCCGGGGAAGACGCUGGUGGAGUGGUACGGACAAAAGACGUCCUCACAGGUCAGUUUGCAGGAUCUCAAACCUUUCGCUGCGUUCACCCAGAACUUUUGUGCCGACUCCUUCAACAUCCUGAACACCUACCAGGAGGCCGUCUACCUGUCCCUGCAGGAGGCGGCUCGGCGCUGUCAGAAGCAGUUCUGUCCUCCUCCAAAGGGCAGAGAGGAGCUGCUGAAGCAGAUGCUGGACUGGGCGCUGGGAGGCUUCCAGCCGUCGGGGCCUGAAGGAUUUCAGCCCAACGCUCCAAAGAACGACUGCUGGUCGAGGGUGAUGAAGAAGCUCCCCCAUAAAGCCUCCUCUUCUCCUGACUCCUCCAGCACCAACCUGAAAGAGACGAUCAUCAGCACGAUCGUGGACAUGAAGCUGGACAUCGAAGGGUACUGUCUGUGCUGCGGGACGGACAACAUGGAGAUCUUCCACCCUCUGUUUAAAGGCGGCCUGUGCCUGAAGUGUAAGGAUAACUUCACAGAAACCUUAUAUCGCUACGACGGCGACGGAUAUCAGUCCUACUGCACCAUCUGCUGCUACGGGAUGGACGUCCUGCUGUGUGGCAACGAUGGCUGCUGCAGGUCUUACUGCGAGGACUGUCUGAACAUCCUCGUCGGGCCGGGAACGUUCGAUUUGCUGAAGCUGGAGGACCCGUGGAUCUGCUACCUGUGUCAGGCUCACAGACCCCACAGAGCGCUGAUCCCCAGAGAGGACUGGAGCAUCCGCGUGCAGGAGUUUUUCACCAAUGACAGCGGCAUGGAGUUUGAGCCUCACCGCGUCUACCCGUCCAUCCCUGCAAACCUCCGCCGACCCGUCAGAGUCCUGUCGCUGUUCGACGGCGUCGGCACAGGUUUCUACGUGCUCAAGGUCCUGGGCAUCAAGAUAGACAAAUACGUCGCCUCCGAGGUUUGCGAGGAUUCGGUCGCCGUUGCCACCGCCAACCACGACGGGAAGAUCGUCCACAUCGGAGACGUCCGGCACAUCACUCAGGAACGCCUCGAGCAGUGGGGCCCUUUUGACCUGCUCAUCGGCGGCAGCCCCUGCAACGACCUCUCCAUCGUCAACCCGUUAAGGAAAGGCCUCUACGAGGGCACCGGGAGGCUCUUCUUUGAUUACUACCGCAUCCUUCAGUGGCUGAAGCCCAAAGAGGACGACCCGCGGCCGUUCUUCUGGCUGUACGAGAACACGGUCGCCAUGAACACCUGCAACAAAAUCAGCAUCUGCCGCUUCCUGGAGUGUAACCCAGUGAUGGUGGACGCCAUGCACGUAACGCCGGCCCGCAGAGCUCGCUACUUCUGGGGAAACAUCCCGGGAAUGAGGAGGCCCAUCGUAGCCACCCAGAGCGACAAGCUGGACCUGCAGGAGUGCCUGGAGCUGGGCAGGAAGGCCACGAUGUGUAAGGUGAGGACGAUCACCACCAACGCGAACUCCCUGAAACAAGGAAAAAAUGUCAACAAGCUUCCCGUCCUCUACAACGGCAAAGAGGACAAACUGUGGAUCACGGAGCUGGAAAGAGUCUUCGGGUUCCCUAAACAUUACACCGAUGUGCGGGACAUGAACCGGCAGCAGCGGCAGAAGGUGCUCGGGAAGGCGUGGUGUGUCCCCGUCGUCCGUCACCUCUUGGCCCCCCUGAAGGACUACUUCACCUGUGAGGACUUAUCUCCUCUAACCACAGCUGCCACCUCCUCCCCCCCCUCCUCACAGUCCUCCAGUGCCUCUGCAGAGCAGCAGCUGUCGAGUUAGGAGGAGGCGACACCGUGCUGACGUGUCAGUCUGUGUGCAGGUAUCUGUGCUUUCUCACCUGAGGACGGCGCUGAUGGAUGAGCCUUUCACUGCUGGAGAGAUUCAGCAGCACAACAACGUUUUUCAAAAUAAUUUAAACCUCUUAAUACAGUUCAAAGGAGCCCUCUGCAGGUUCAUUCAUGUUAACAUUUGGGUUCAAUUAAUUCCAGGUGUACUUUCAGGUAAUACCACUUUAUACCACAAGAUGGUGCAGUGAGUAAGCGUAAGCUUUGAGUCCUGUGAAAAAGGCCAUGAGGACGGGCCUGAAAGGAAGUACUGAGUGUGUCGGCACGCUGCCCCCUGGUGGUGAAGGAUAAUUACAAAAACGAUUUUUAAUCAUGUUUCUUGUUUCCAGGAGAAAAAAAGAUUUUUUUUUUAUUUUACUUAAACAGAUUUUUUUUUACUUAAACAGAUUUUUUUUACUUAAGUUUUUACUUGAACAUGUUGACCCUCUGCAGUGUCUGGGAGCAGGAAUCUGACACCUGCGUCUUCAGUUACCUGUGUCAGACAGCGGCGGGUACGACACUCUGGCAUCAGCAGAGCUGAGGACACGUCAACUCUUUAUUUAUCACCUUUUUCCUCCUUUUUAAAAACUAUGAAGUCGUGCAUUUCAAACUCAAACACAGGCCGUGGAACCCA